AUGAUGUCUCAGAGACCUCAUAAUCAUCAUCAAAAGAUUCUAUCUGGAACUGUGCCGGGUCCAACAACGAACAAAAUUUUACCAAGCUCCAAUACUAACGCAUUACAGGCCGGUGUCAAAGCUUACGAACUCCGUACAAAGUCCAAGGAGCAACUCGAGGAGCAGCUCGUUGACCUCAAGAAGGAAUUGGCUUCCUUGAAGGUCCAAAAGUUGCAGAGACCAUCUUUGCCAAAGAUCCACACUGUCAGAAAGAACAUUGCUAGAGUCUUGACCGUCAUCAACCUACAACAGCGUGAGGCCGUCAGAGCCUUCUACGCCGGCAAGAAGUACCUGCCAAAGGACUUGAGAGCCAAGAAGACUCGUGCUUUGAGAAGAAAGCUCACCAAGUUCGAGAGAAACCAAAUCACUGACAAGCAAAGAAAGGCCAACAUUGCCUACCCUGCUAAGAAGUUCGCCAUCAAGGCCUAA